UCUCAUCUAUUUUCAAUUCUCUGAUUCGCCUAAUAGAAACACUUUAUUUAAACAUUUUUAGUUUAUUUAAAGCUUUUUUAAAACUUUGUCAACUUGUUUAUUUUUUAUGUAAAAUACAAACUAAAGAUGUUGUUAAUAAAUAACUAUUUAAUUUGGUUGUUGGAUUACUUCAAUAGUUUAGUAAGGAAAAACGAGAAAAGACCGGCCCAGGAACCGCCGUUUUCCCUUAUUAUGCCACUUUGGCAAAUAAAAAUGAACUGCACAUGCGCGAGUGAGCUAUGUGACUACUAACUAAAGUAAAUCUGAGUAAUCAGAGUACUUAAACGUUGAACAAAUCGGGAUUUAUAGGCUGGGAGAAUUGAAAAUGUACUGACUGAUGUAAUGUUUUCUAUCGUAUAUCUCAUAAGCAGUAGAAAACUCGACAAGCUUUUAAAAAUCGAUACAUUAGUCAACACGAACUUUGUGAGUUAUCGUUUGCAAAUAUGUCGGGAACGCUAAAACCUUAUUUGACAGCAGUUAGACGUACGCUUACUGCUGCCAUGUGUCUGGAGAAUUUUUCCUCUCAAAUUGUGGAAAAGCACAAUAAACCUGAAGUGGAAGUAAGGGCGAGCAAAGAAUUGCUUUUGACACCUAUCUUGAUAAGUAGAAAUGAUAAGGAGAAAGUCUUGAUUGAAUCUAGUAUAAACAGUAUGAGAAUAAGUAUUGCCGUGAAGCAAGCCGAUGAUCUAGAAAAGAUUCUUUGUCAUAAUUUUACAAGAUUUAUGACAAUGAGAGCCGAACAUUUUAUGAUACUCAGAAGAAAACCAGUAGAGGGCUAUGACAUUAGUUUUUUAAUAACUAAUAUUCAUGUUGAGCAAAUGUACAAACAUAAGAUAGUAGAUUUUGUUAUUCACUUUAUGGAAGAGAUUGACAGAGAAAUUAGCGAAAUGAAAUUAUCGGUUAAUGCUAGAGCACGCAUAUGUGCGGAGGAAUUCUUAAAAAGAUUUUAAUCUAUGUAUGGGGAUUAUUAACAAUAAAUAAUUCGAAGAAUUAAAACACAACAAAUGCGUUACGCAUUGAUAUUGUCCAUUGUAUAACAUUGAACGAUAAUUCUGACGAAAUUAAGUAAGACAUUUUUAUAAAAUAUCCAAUGGAAUAUAUCUUUUUUGUAUUGCCACUUGGAUUAUUCCAUGUUAAAUAAAACGUUAUAUUAACAUAAGUAAGCAUAGUGUUAUAAGCAAAUUUUGUUACAUAAUUCAAGCAAUAUUAAAAAGUUGAAUAUUGCUAUAUAAAUAUUUAUGAUGCGAAUAAUUUUUAAGCAUUUAUUUUAUAAAACUAGAUAGAUAAACUGAAUAAAAAAAUAAUUUGAAAAUAAAUGUAAAACCAUUUAUUUAUAUAGCAUAUUUUUUAUGAAAAAUAUGAUAAUUGAGUAAUUUAAUAUGUAAGAGUUUAAUUAGUUUUAAGCAAAUUCACGAGUUUGAGUAAAAUUUUUUUUCAAUUUGGACUAUUUGACAUGGAAUAAUUAAUUUUUAUCAAUGUCGAAUGUUUUUACAAAAUCACGAUUAAUUGACACACAUACUAUCAUAUAACAUACAUUUAUACAUACCUACGUAUUACAUAUACUUUCAAUUCUAAUGCUCUUAUUACAUAAAAUUAUAUCAAAUUUAUAUUCAUUAGAAAUGUUUGAAUAAUUUUUAUUAUCAUGGAAAUUGCUU